CGGUUGUUGACGGCGCGGCGGCGAUCGCCGUUACUCGGCGCGGAGCUGGGGCGGCGAGCGGCCGCCGCCUUCCUCUCUCUUUUCUCCUCUUCCUCCUCCGCCCUCCCCUCCAGCAGCCCCACCGAGGCACUUUCCCUUCCCUCGGGCGAUGCGUGCUGCGCCGGCGGCCGGCCCGAAGUGAAGGAGCGAAGCCUUCGCCUUUGCCGUCCUCCCUCCUCCUCUUCCUCUUCAUCCUCCCGGCUCCCACCUGCAACCGGCGGGAUGGGCGAGUGCGGAGCCGCCGGCGACGUGAACUCCAACGUGCUGCUGGCCCCCAGCACCGGCGACGCGCAGCUGGACAAGGCUGUGUGGCAGUGGCUGAGCUGGGACAAGAACCAGAGCACCAGGGCGCAGGUGCAGGAGCUGCUGCGGGCAGGGCGGGCGCCGGAGCUGCGGGCCAGGCUGUGCCGGGCGCUGAGCUUCGGCACCGCCGGGCUGAGGGCGGCCAUGGGCGCGGGCUUCAGCCGCAUCAACGACCUCACCGUCAUCCAGGCCACCCAGGGCCUCUACAGCUACCUGGAGAGGACCUUCCCUGACCUGAGGCAGAGAGGCUUCGUGGUUGGCUACGACACCAGGGCCCAGGCUGCCUCCAGCUGCAGCAGCCAGAGGUUGGCCAAGCUGACUGCUGCAGUGCUGCUGUCACAAGGGGUCCCUGUCCACUUCUUCUCCACCUAUGUGCCCACUCCCUUUGUGCCCUACGCAGUGCAGCAGCUGCAGGCCGUGGCUGGGGUCAUGAUCACAGCCUCCCACAACAGGAAGGAGGACAAUGGCUACAAGGUCUAUUGGGAGAAUGGAGCCCAGGUGACCUCUCCCCACGACAAAGAGAUCCUGAGGUGCAUGGAGCAGUGCCUGGAGCCCUGGGCUGGCUCCUGGGAUGAGAGCCUGGUGGAGAGCAGCCCCCUGAGGCAGGACCCCCUGCAGGCCAUCUGUGACUCCUACAUGCAGGACCUGACCAAGCUCUGCUACCACAGGGAGCUGAACCAGCAGAGCCCACUCAGGUUCGUGCACAGCUCCUUCCACGGCGUGGGCCACCGCUACGUGCAGGAGGCCUUCCGAGCCUUCGGCUUCCCUCCCCCCAUCGCCGUGCCCGAGCAGCGGGACCCCGACCCCGACUUCCCCACCGUCAGCUGCCCCAACCCCGAGGAGGGAGAAGCUGUCCUGGAGCUGGCACUGAGGCUGGCAGAGCAGGAAGGUGCCAGGGUGGUGCUGGCCACGGACCCUGACGCCGACAGGCUGGCGGUGGCCGAGCAGCAGCAGGGGGGCAGCUGGAAGGUGUUCUCGGGCAACGAGCUGGCAGCGCUGCUGGGCUGGUGGCUGCUGAGCUGCUGGAGGAGCAGAGCCCCCCCGGGGGCACAGCCCUGCCAGCUCUGCAUGCUGGGCACAGCUGUGUCCUCCAAGGUGCUCAGGGCCAUGGCACAGCAGGAAGGCUUCCACUUCGAGGAGACGCUGCCAGGCUUCAAGUGGGUGGGCAGCAGGGCGAAGGCUCUGCUGGAGGCUGGCCGGGAGGUUCUCUUCGCCUUCGAGGAGUCCAUCGGGUUCAUGUGUGGCACCUCAGUGCUGGACAAGGAUGGGGUGAGUGCGGCUGUGGUGGUGGCAGAGUUGGCAUCGUUCCUGCAUGCCCAGGGCCUCAGCCUGGCACAGAAGCUCACUGAGGUCUAUGAGAGGUACGGCUACCACCUCUCCAGGACCUCCUACUUCCUGUGCCACGACCCCGGCACCGUGCAGGGCAUCUUCGAGCGGCUGCGCAACUUCGGCGCCCCCCGGACCUACCCCGGGCGCUGCGGAGCCUUCGGCGUGCGGCACCUGCGGGACCUCACCCGCGGCUACGACAGCAGCCAGCCGGGGGGCAAGGCGGUGCUGCCAGCCAGCAGGAGCAGCCAGAUGCUGACCUUCACCUUCCAGAACGGUGCUGAGGCCUCGCUGCGCACCAGCGGCACCGAGCCCAAGAUCAAGUUCUACGCAGAGCUCUGCGCCCAGCCCGGCCACAGGAGCAGGCAGGAGCUGGAGGCAGAGCUGGAGCAGCUGAUCCAGGCUUUGAUCGAGGACUUCCUGCAGCCAGCCAAGAAUGGCCUCACCUGGCGCUCCCCUUAGCAGCUCCUGGGGGGGCAGCUGCUGGGGGGCACCCAGCACCCCCCUCCCCAGGUGCCCAGGGUGGGGGGCAAGGC